AUGGGGUACCUGUCUUUAAAAGCCAUCCUGACCCCAAAGUUCCUGCUGGUGUUGGAUUUCCGCGGCCUGGGACUAGAACGUUGGUUGGUGCUGGAGCUCGCCUCUCAGCUCGCAUCACAGAUGCACUCUCUGCCUUUUGAGUUCAAGGCGCUGGAGGCCCUCCUGCAGCACAGGGUAAACACCUUACAAACCCAGCUGAAUGAGCUCGAACCAGUGAUACUGGACACUCUGGAGUUCCUCGUUGAUCCUAAGAUCCUGUCAGCUGAUAGAAGUAAGCUCCAUAUACUGUUACAGAACAGCAAGAGUUUGUCAGAGUUGGAAACCGACAUAAAAGUUUUUAAGGAUUCUUUGCUGAAGAUUCUUGAUGAGGAUGAGAUCAUUGAAGAACUCUGUCUCACUAAAUGGACGGACCCUCAAGUUUUUGAAGAGAGCAGUUUGGGAAUUGACCACGCUGAAGAGAUGGAGCUUUUGCUAGAAAAUUACUUCAUGCAGGCCGAGGAGCUGGCAAACAAAGCCAGAGAGCUGAAGGGACUGAUAGACGACUCGGAGAGCGUCAUCUUUAUUAAUCUGGACAGCCAUCGUAACGUGAUGAUGCGUCUGAACCUGCAGCUGACGAUGGGCUCCUUCUCUCUCACUCUGUUUGGGCUCAUAGGAGUCGCCUUUGGAAUGAAUUUAACAACAGCUUUUGAAGACGACCCUCGGGCUUUCUGGCUGGUAACUGGCUUCAUGUUCUUGGGCAGCGGGCUCAUCUGGAGACGACUCUUAUCAUUUUUGGGAAGGCAUCUAGAGCCUUCACUUCUCCCACCGAUCCCCUCCAUCUGGAAGAGAAACCUGAAGUCAUCAGACUUUAAACCUGGAGUCAGAUGAACUCUCUGCUCUGGAUAAUGCAAUAGAC